UGGCUCUCACUCUUCAGCUCCCUAGAAGACACCGUUCUCUGCAGAGACAGCCCUAUCCUGGAAGCCCCUCACCUAAAAGGCCCUGUGAAGCCAGAUGAUGCCUGCCGACUUGGGGCAGGCCCUAGGCCUGCUGCCUUCUCUGGCCAGGGCGGAGGAAGCCACAUUCUCUGGGCCAGAUGCUGCCCAGCAAAGAGAGCUCUCCGACCCCGAGACUGCUCGCCAGCUUUUCAGGCAGUUUCGUUACCAGGUGAUGUCUGGGCCCCAGGAGACCCUGAGACAGCUCCGGAAGCUCUGUUUCCAGUGGCUUCAGCCAGAGGUUCACACCAAAGAGCAGAUCCUGGACAUCCUCAUGCUGGAGCAGUUUCUGAACAUCCUCCCCGGGGAGAUCCAGAUGUGGGUGAGGAAACAGUGUCCAGGCAGUGGAGAAGAGGCAGCGACCCUUGUGGAAAGCUUGAAGGGCGACCCCUGGAGACUGUGGCAGUGGAUCAAUAUCCAAGUUCUAGGACAAGAGAUCCCAUCUGAGAAGGAAAAGUCGGCACACCGCCAAGAGGACAAGGUUGAGCCCCCGCUGGAAGUGGUACCUCAGGACCUGCCCCUUCAGAAGUCACCCCCAGCAUCCAGGGAGCUGCUGAGCCAUGAUGUGAAAAAGGAAUCAGACAUGGAGCCAGAAUUAGCUCUGGCUACUUCCCAGCUUCCUGCCCAACCUGAGGAGAGGCCUAUCAGAGACCAAGAUGUGGGAACAGCACUACAUCAGGAGCAGUGGAGACAGCUGGAUUCUACUCAGAAGGAGCAGUACUGGGAUCUCAUGCUGGAGAACUAUGGGAAGAUGGUCUCAGGAGCAGUAGGCAUUUCCAACUCCAAACCUGACCUCACUAACUUAGCAGAGUCUGGAGAGGAGCUGCCGGGGCUGCACCUUCACAUCGCUGAGAAGAUGUCAAGACCCACCUGCAAAGAAGACAGGCAAGAAAAUGACAAGGAGAACCUAAACCUGGAAAAUCACAGGGACCAGGGAUCUCUGGAUGCUUUCUGUCAGGCAUCAGGCGAGGCAGCGCCGCAGGCUGCCUUGAGUGAUUUCUUAGGGGAGAGUGAGCUGCAUCGCUUUGGAGGAGAGAGCGUCGUCCCUGAGGCUCUGGAAAGCCUGCAAGGUGAGGGAACAGUGGGGCAGCUCUUUUCUCAUGAAAGGGGCUCUGGCAAACAGCUAGGUCAGCACACACAGAGCUCUUCUUCGGGAGAGCUGUCUGCCUUGUGGCUGGAGGAGAGGAGAGAGGCUGCUCAGAAGGGACAGGCCAGAGCCCCCAUGACCCAGAAACUGCCCACCUUCAGAGAGUGUGGGAAAACCUUCAAUCGGAAUUCACAGCUUGUUUUUCACCAAAGGACUCAUACAGGAGAGACAUACUUUCAUUGCCUCAUUUGCAAAAAAGCCUUUCUACGAAGCUCAGACUUUGUGAAACAUCAGAGAACUCACACAGGAGAGAAGCCCUGUAAAUGUGAUUAUUGUGGGAAAGGCUUUAGUGACGUCUCUGGCUUGCGCCACCACAAGAAAAUCCACACAGGAGAGAAACCCUAUAAAUGCUUCAUCUGUGAGAAAAGCUUUAUUCAGAGGUCAAACUUCAAUAGACAUCAAAGGGUUCAUACAGGUGAGAAGCCUUAUAAAUGUACCGACUGCAGCAAGUGUUUCAGCUGGAGCUCCAGCCUUGACAAGCAUCAGAGAUCACACUUGGGGAAGAAGCCCUGCCCGUUGCCACACACCCCCAGGCGCUGCUUGCCAGUCCACUGCAGCCCUGCUCAGCUCAGCAUGGAGGAACUGCAACCGGAAAGGACCUCCUCCUGUUUGUAGGUUGGAGGUUGAGGAGCUGGGCACUGUUUUGACAUGGAGGGGGAUAUUAUUCCGACUUGAUGAAAUUCUUGGUUUAGUUUUUCCUUUUCCACCAGGAAAGAAAAGAAGUUUGUUGGUUUGUUUUUGUUUGUUUCACCUGGCCUCUUUUUUUUUUUUUUUUU